AUGUGAUGAUGAUUAUUUGCUUCAUUUGUUAUGUGUGACUCCCUUUAACGUUUGCUUCAAUUUAGGGAAACCCUUGUCAGAAUGCUCCAAUAUCGACUCACAAGGUGACAUAUUCAAACGUUGAUACCUGGACGACCUAUAGAUGGGAGGGUUGUUGAAAUGGUAGCAAUGUGAAACACAUGUUCAAUUCAGCAUGUUAGGCAUUCGUUCUUUUGGUGCCUCCCACCUGCUUUUGCCGAAGACGUCGCCAAGGGAUUGCCACUAGAGGAACUCACAGAGACAUACAUUCUAUUUUGGGUGAAACCUAGUCGUUUUGUUAACCACAUAUUUGUUCCAAUUGAGGACAUUUUGGGGCAAUGGUAUUGUAUGGUGGUUGAUUUCGUGGAUAAAGCUGCCUACCAUUUGGACUCUUAUUCGGAUGCCAAUAUGAUACCUGGUAGGGAACAACUUAUGAAAGACAUUCUCGGGAGAAUCCAUGAUCUGAUGACAUCGCCUGUGUAUGGUCCUCUUAAAGUAAACACACUUAAUAAUCUUAAGGAUUGGCCGAUUCGCAGAGGACAAGGCAUUCCAAAUUGCAACACAAGUGAUAGUUCUGGCGUGUGGGUUAUAUCAUGGUUGGACCCGGAAGGUUGCUUUAAUUCCCUUGACAUUAGUGGAGUGCUUGACGACUCGACCCUGAGAGGCAGAACUGCUGUGUCCGUUGCCGUUGGACCAUUCAAUGCUAUCGGAGGGCUCAUUAGGCUAUGGGCACAAUGCUGGCAGAAGGGUGAUUCUACUUGAGCACGCAGCCAUAAAUUUCAAGGAAGGGACAUCAAUGUAGUGUAGGUUUAGGGUAAAUAAUGUUAAAAGUUUUUACAUUCCUCAUUCGAACUCAUGAUAGUUUGUACGCUCAUGACUGGCAUAAGGUAGUGUGGGCUGAAAUAUGCUCCAAGAGCCACUUUGUUUAUUGUAGUCAGCUGAAAUAUGUUUCGAGAGCCACUUUGUCUGUUGUAACUUGUAAGCAUUUAAUGCAUUUUGUCUCACUAGUUAGAGUUUCAGAACAUGUUCCCUUGUAUUUGUUAUUUCAAUGUAACUUUAUCAUUAGAAAUGAGUUAGUUGGUGAAGUUGACUCUGGAGGGAAUAUCAUUUCUUUAAAAUAUAUCUGUAUAGGGUUUGGUGAUGACAUG